AUAAAGGACGAGGAGCAGCGGCGGCGCCGUCGUCGACUGACAGAGACGCCAGCAGAAGCACUGCCCACAGAGGAGUGUGCGCCAGCUCCGAUCGCCCGCCGACCAGAAAACACGGGCUGCGGACGCAGACGUGUGCGAAGCUUCACACAAACCCCGCGUUCGACAAUGCUGGGCUGGCUAGCUGCACUGUUGCUGGCCUCCACGGCCUGCACCGCGACGAGGCCUGGCGUAUCUCCAUCGGCACAGCGCUUGCUGCUGCUGGAGGCACGGGACUUGGGCUACCUGCCUCCCAUGGAGUCCUUCGGCGACGACAGAUGUGGCAUCAACGUGCCCGGCACCAACCUCGACGAGGAGGAGGUCCAUCUCGGCGAAUACCCCUGGAUGGCUCUGUUGGGAUACACCAGCACUACCACGCCCGACAAGAUCACCUACAACUGCGGUGGCACACUGAUCAACAAUCGGUACGUGCUGACGGCGGCGCACUGCGUCAGCCGGCUCCCGAAGCGGCUGAGCGUCUCAUCCGUCCGCCUGGGCGAGCACAACGUCUCCACAGAACUGGAUUGUCAGAUGGUCGGCGGCCGGGAGGUCUGCACGGAGCCGGUGCAGGACUUCGGUAUCGAGAAGAUCAUCCCGCACGAGGAGCACCACAGGCCCGUGAAGUACCGGAACGACAUCGCGCUGGUGCGGCUGGACCGGCCGGUGCGGCGCACCAAUUACGUUCGGCCCAUCUGCCUGCCGUUCGACGCUUCAGUGCGGAGAGCACAUGUGGGCCAGGAGCUCACUGUGGCCGGCUUUGGCGCCAUUCGCGGCCAAGGCGACACCGUGCGCGAGCUGACCGUGCCCGUGGUGGGCAACAAGGAGUGCUCGCAAGUGUACCGGAGCUACAGGACCCUGAUCGGAGCCGAGCAGAUCUGCGCUGGCGGCGAGCGCGACCGCGGCGCGUGUGCCGGCGACGCCGGCGGGCCGCUCAUGGCCAUGCCCGCGCCCGGCCAGCCGCACUACCUGAUUGGCGUCGUCUCGUUCGGCCCAGCCCGCUGCGGCACCAGGAACGUGCCCGACGUGUACACACGCGUCACCGAGUACGAGCAGUGGAUCGUCAGUAACAUGCGCGACUGAGGGCCGCGGCGGCGGCCACUGCUGGGUGGCGCGACGAGGACGAAUGAGGCUGCUGUCGCGCGUCGGCAGCAGACAGCGUGAUUUGACUCCGUGCCUCCACGGAGCCAGGCCAAAACUCCACACAGUCUAGCAGGGUGAUGGGUUGGGGUCAUUAUGCACUUCGAGUAAUGUUAUAAAAGCGUAGGCGUAGGGUUGAAAUGGAUUCUCAUUCUAAUCCGUCGUUGAAAGGUGCACCGUGGCACAUGUGGUUUAGAAGUCGCAGUCAGGGCCCUAGCUGCGGCUGUCCCAGCCGGGUGGAGUCGUCGAGCCAGGCUCCUCGCGCCUACACAGCACAGCUGACGGCGUCGGCAUGGCCCGACUGGCGGGGCCACCUGGACGACGGUCAGUCUUGCGCGGCGUAUCAAAUUAUGCUGAUCGUGGAUGUGAAUCUCACACUGCGCUUUAUCGGCUGCACUUCUACAUGGUCUGUCGCGCUUAGGACUGAGCUGAUUUGACCGAUCUGAAGGUGAGCCGAUGAAACCGAACCGGGACUUGAAUGUCAUGACCAAAUUGUUCAUUGGUUGACAAUUUUUAUCAUUACAAGCUCGUAUUAAGCGGCGGCAGUUGGUUGGCCUUCUGUAUAAGUUGUUAAAUGUUUAGUAACGAGUCCAAAUUACGAACAUUAGCAUUUGCCAUGGGAGUCCACGACCCCCCCAGGAGGACGAGCCUUAAACUGUAGUACACCCCAUAUCAUUACACCUGCGGAGCUGGCCUCCGCGCGUCUGAUCGCAGUUGAAGCAAGGCCGCUUUACAAAGGUCGGUUAGCUGAAAUGCGAGACACGUCAUUGGACAUCUGAUGCCAUGCGGGGCAUGGCAGCGCGUUGGCCCCGUGUCCUGGUCGUGGUGUGUAGAUGAAUGGUGUAAACGCAGUGACUUUUGUGCGUGACUGGGAAUACAGUGGAAUUACAUCCUGUUUUGAGCAGAUGCUGAAUGCGUGAGGAUGCUGUUUUUAUAGUCCAGCCGUUUAAUCCUUGAAGGACCAGACCUGCUGGCUAAAGGAAUAAUCACUCGUCCAGGGCCUGCUCCAAAACCCCAUUGAAGUCACCAGAAUGAAAUAUCUAAACCAGCAUUUGCUUGGAAUGCCAUCCAAAUGCACACCCGGACAUCGUACAAAACCUGGUAUCGACAUUGGCUCUCUAUUUUCAACUCCAUAGAGCUUGGCGGCCUUUGUGGGCACAACCAACACCGCUAGUCGAUAGCAAACUUUUUAUUAUAGUUAUAAUACAAUUGCCAUAGCCUGCGUUUGCCGUUUGCCAUGCGCUUUGAAUAAA